AAAUACAUUUUAUAGGUUAGGUUUUAUCAAAAUAUUACCGUUAGAAAUUGAUGGGUUUAGGAACGCGAAGAACUUCAGUUCUUUUACGUUCAGCCAUAGAACAGAAAGUACAAAAUGGCCAAAUCUAAGGAGAAGAAAAGCAAAAGUGCUAUUAACGAGGUUGUCACUCGUGAAUAUACAGUGAAUCUCCACAAACGUCUCCACGGAGUUGGAUUUAAAAAACGUGCUCCACGAGCUAUCAAAGAAAUUCGCAAAUUUGCUGAAAAACAAAUGGGAACUCCAGAUGUGAGGAUUGAUACACGACUCAACAAACAACUGUGGUCUAAGGGAAUCAGAAAUGUACCAUUCAGAGUUCGUGUACGAUUGAGCAGAAGAAGGAAUGAUGAUGAAGAUUCUGCAAACAAAUUGUACACCCUUGUUACGUACAUACCAGUUGCUUCUUUCAAAGGUUUACAGACAGAAAAUGUUGAUGCAAGCCAAGAUUGAUUUGUUUCUGAUUAAUAAAUAAGUUUUCAUCAAU